AUGUGGCAGCGUGCACUUGGUGGGGCUCUUCUGCUCGCAGUGGCAACUACUCUUUGUGGCUGCGGCGAAGAAGUGGUUGCCCCGGAGUGCUCAACCUUCAAUAAGAACGGUGUGGCGCCAGUGACCGACUCGACGACUUGUCGCACCGCCUGCCGCACCGCCGAAGGACUCGGCGAGAUCAACGGUCAGCUCGAUGACUGGAAGGGCAGCUCGGGCUCUGGACUCGCAGCGGCGGUUUUGGGAGACCCUUUUGUUUUGCGCGGGGGAAGGGGGGUUUAG